AUGGAAGAAGACCUGCUAAUCAAAGUUUGUAUAGUGGGAGGGAAUGCGUUGUCAGCCUUUCUAUCAUGGCGUCUCCAAGCUACCCAGAUGUGCGAUGUCACUCUCGUCUGGAAGAACCAGUACGAAACCGUCCAACAAUAUGGCGUGUCAUUCAAGUCACCGGUGUUCGGAAAUGAACGGUUCAAACCGUAUGCAGUGGUAUCGUCCACAGCCGAAGCCGCCGCACGAGGAUCACAAUUCGAUUAUGUCCUCCUUUGCGUGAAAGCCCUCCCCGACCACUACGACAUCUCCGAAGUUAUCGCACCCGUCGUUUCCGUCCAACACACCUGCAUCCUCGUCAAUACUACACACGCACUCGGCAUCGAGACAUACUUGGAACAACGGUUCCCGAUGAAUGUCGUCCUUUCGCUAGUAUCCGCCGCCGAGAUCGUCCAACUCGGUCCUUCCGAAUUCGAACACAAAUCGGCUACAGACCUCUGGGUUGGCGCAGCCAACAGGAACCCGAAGAUCCCUGCGGCCAUCCAGACCGACAUGGCUGCGGCUAUUGCUAUGACGCUCACGUCCGGGAAGGUCAACUGUAAAACGUCACCGAAUAUCCGACAACAACAGUUUGAGACGAUGAUGGGUCCCGUCGCUUUCCACCCGGCCAGCGUCAUCUUCGAAAACACCAAUUACGGCGAGUUAAUGGAACAGCCCGGCGUCCGAGCGAUCAUCGAAGGCGUUCUCGACGAACUCAUCGCCGUUGCUGAAGCAAAAGGUUGCCAGUUUCCCGCCGGCUACCGCCAUGAAAUCAUCCAAACAAUGACCCAGAAGAAUAUAGAGGCCAACCAGAACAGCAUUAUGUACCUGGACUUCAAAGACGGACGACCAAUGGAAGUGGAGACGUAUCUUGGAGCUCCGAUCAGGCUAGCCCAGGAAGUCGACGUCAAGGUUCCUCGGGUUGAAACGCUGUAUGGAGUCAUGUACGACCUCAACAUCAAGAAUCAAGCAAGACACAAGGAAGGUCCUCCGGCUGGACCUGCUGCCACAGCGACUCCUGGAUCUCCCGGAUCUAUCCACCCUCCUCGGAUUUCCUCUCACGGUGCACAACACAUGAACGGCGGUCCACCAUCCGCCAUGAUGAGUGCCAUGCGAGGCGGAAGAGGCCGGCCUCCCAUGAGCGGUCCUCCAGGCAUGCGAAGAGGUGGUCCGAUGAACGGAUACGGACCUGGCCCACGUAUGUCAAAUGGCAAUUACGGACCCGGUCCACAACUCUCAAGGCGGCCCUCUUUUGAGGACAGCAAUUUGGAUGAGUUUUCACAUGUGGUCAUGUACGACAACCUCCCUGAAGGCGGACUUCCUGAUGGCGAGGCCAAUGGACACCAUCCGAAUGACAUGGUUCUCCGCGAGCGGGAAUUGGCACUGCGACAACGAGAGUUAGCUCUUCGUGAGGCGGAAAUGAACAUGCGAAGACACCGACCCGGUCCGCGGAGACCACCACCUCCGGCUUCCAUAAACGGCGCAAUAUACGAUGAUGAAGAGGACGACGAUUUUAUCGACGGGCCGACGCGGCCGAUGAUGAAUCCUAAUCAGGACUUGGAUAUGGUGAGUAUCACAUCGAAUCGUAACAGGAAGUCCGCAAGCCAGGGAAACAUGAGAGGUAUGGAUCCACGCCAACGAGGAGGCUCCCGGAUGGGAUUCCGGCCUCCCUUUGGCAAGAACCGCACCAGUGCCACGAUCAUGGACCAGAUGCCGAAUCCGCGCGAUGCGAUCCUCGACAGCUCCCUCCUCGGCAUCUCCAGCAACCGAUACGGCGACACCGACCGUUCCGUCCGGAUGCAGCACCAUCAAUCCUCCCGAGCAAACUCCAUGACCACCCCGAGCCUAUACCAUUACCCCGACCACAUGCCGCGACCGCCGAUGCACCCCAACUCCAGCAUGCGGCGAUCCAGCCAAUCCCCCGGCAACCCUCUCGCGCCCCCUUCCUUCGGUCCCCGCCCCGGCGGGCGUCCCUCUCCUCCCCACGGCUACACCGGCGGCCCACCUCACGGCGGCAUGCCCGGCGCCCCACGCGGCGGGCGGCCCUCCCCCCCGAACAUGCAGCAACCAGUGCCGCGCCAUCCACCGGGCCACGGCAACGCGGUGGCGCCGGAUCAGGUGGAACAACAAGCUGGGGUGAGCACGACCCUUUACCCUCCCAAGCACGGCCCACAAGUGCGCAGUCUGACAGGCAGUGCGAGCGGUAGCGGGGAGAGUGGUGACAGCGGCGACGCGUCGGUCAAUAGCAGCUCGAGCAGCUUGGCGCACCAUCAAGGCGGGAAGCACCUCCCGAGGCCGCCGCCCGUUCCGAUGAAGUAGAGGGUGAAGCCAUUUCCUCACGCAGAGAGGGUCUCUCGAGCGGGUUUUCAUGCGACCGGAAGCGGAUCGAGCGAACGGAUAUUUUGGACCGUUCCUUGAAAUGGUGCCGCGUCCCUGCGCUGCGUUUACGAUAUCCACCGACGACGACGAUCAAAAAAGUUUUCUUCUUCGGCAUUUCUCUUUAUCGGGCUUCAUUUAACUCGGAAUUUGGUCCUGGGACGCCUCCCUGAUUGGCAUCAUGUGCUGAUGCAGACCGAUCAUCCCCGCACAGUGCAUGUCGGGCUUCUUUAAUUCUUAAUCCACAACCCCCCUACACCACACCACCCCACGACUCAUCCAGCUCUCUCCUU